AUGGCUAAGUCGAUCGUUGUUAUCAAGAUGCUUCGCGAAGACAGCUCCACCCCCUGGGGUUUCCGACUCGAGGGCGGUGUCGAUCUUGGGCACGCAUUGAACAUACAGAGAGUAUUCCCAGGAAGUCUGGCAGACAGGAAUGGACUCUGCCCCGGCGACAUUAUUCUCCGCAUAAACAAUGUGGACACGCGUUUCCUGACACAUGAGGCCGCAAAGAUGGAGAUAAUAAGGUCAAGCAACGACUUUGAGCUGACCGUUGAAAGGGGCGGUACUUACCCCUCCAUGGUCACCAUGACCUCAGCAACUGCCAAUCGACAAACCUGUCCACAAGUAGACAUGGCACAACUUCCAGCCCUCUGCGAAGCCCGGACAUAUCAGGACGCUCUACCUUCGUCGAUUAACUGCGCAAAUCUCAAAUCCGAUUAUGUGUCUAAUCGGCCUUCUCCUGGGGUGAAUCAUAAUGUCAAUCCUUUACCGUUUAGCCCUGCCCCUCCCAACCCCGGUGAGGUUCUAGUGACCCAGACUGCCGAAGGUCGUGUGCAGAGUCUCGGUCAUUCCGCAUACAAUUCACCAAUGGGUCUCUAUUCCCAAAAGCACAUAAACACCUCGUUUAAUAAUACCAUGGCAGCUGCCGGCGCGGACCCGCAGAGUGCCCGACCAGUGAGUGGAGGAGGUCCGAUUGGUGCUCGCAUGCAAUGCUGCGCUUGUGGAGACCUCAUUCGCGGUGUUUUUGUCAAGGUUCAAGGUCGCGUGCCGAUUCAUCCAGAGUGUCUAAAGUGUUGCAAGUGUGGAAUCGGUCUGCGAAAUGUAGGCUACUUCUGCGUCAAUGAUAAUCUGUACUGUGAGACCCACGCCAAACAGGCAGCUCCCCCACCAGAACACGGAAUGAAACCUGUGGUGGUGUACAAAUGA